GUGGGUCUUUCUCUUCGAGAAGGGCUACCAGACCGCUGACAGUCUCAUCAGCUCGGUGUCUGUGAAGCUCAAGGGCCUGGCGGUGACCAAUAUCUCGGGCCUGGGCCUCCAGGUCUGGGACGUGGCGGAUUACGUGUUCCCGGCCCAGGGGGACAGCUCCUUCGUGGUGAUGACUAACCUCAUUGUGACCGCGGGGCAGGCCCAGGGGCUCUGUGCUGACAAUCCAGAUGGAGGGAUUUGCCAGGAGGACGGCGACUGCCCGGCGGGAAAGCCCAAACGCAAAGGCCACGGCAUCCGGACCGGCAGCUGCGUGGACUUCAACAGCACGGCCAGGACGUGCGAGAUCCAGGGCUGGUGCCCGGUGGAGGUGGACGACCACGUGCCCAACCCGGCCCUCCUGAGGGAGGCAGAGACCUUCACCCUCUUCAUCAAGAACAGCAUCAGCUUCCCCCGGUUCAAAGUCACCAGACAAAACCUGGUGGAGAGAGUGACCAAGCAGUAUCUGAAAAGCUGCGUGUACCACAAGAGCACGGACCCCCUGUGCCCCGUCUUUGAGCUGGGCGCCGUCGUGAGAGACUCGGGCCAGAACUUCAGUGCCCUGGCCGUGAAGGGCGGAGUGGUCGGGAUCACCAUCGACUGGAAUUGUGACCUGGACUGGGCCGUGCGGCACUGCACGCCCGUCUACGAGUUCCACAGCCUGUACCCGGAAGAGAACAACCUGUCGCCGGGCUUUAACUUCAGGUUUGCCCGCUACUACAUGGAGAACGGGACCUCCCGCCGGCACCUCUUCAAGGUCUUUGGCAUCCGCUUCGACAUCCUGGUGAACGGCAAGGCCGGCAAAUUCGACAUCAUCCCCACCAUGACGACCAUCGGGUCCGGGAUCGGAAUCUUUGGGGUGGUGAGUGCGGAGGGGCAGCGGGGGUGGGAGGAGGGCCGGGGCCAGGGCCCGAAGGUGCCCGCCCGCUGCCCAGGCACCCGGACAGCAGGCCGGGCGCCCCGAGGGCCCCCGAGUCGUGCUUCUUGGGGGGCCCUCCGGCCUCUUCCCAGGGCCCACGUCCUUCUCCUGCCCCUGGAUGGGGGCCCCUUCGGCUCAGCCCGGCCUCCAGCCAGGCCACAGAGAUGGAAAGGAGCCGGGCCACCUUCAGGGCCCUCCAGCCAGGGGUUCCGCCUGCGCCCG